ACUGAUUUCUACAAUUUAGCUAUCUAGUAUCAAUAUUAUAAUCAUCUCCUACAAACCCCUCUACACUCUCAGCCAGAGCACAUCUACACUCGAAACACACCUCUACAUACACCUACAUCAACCUUACAACAUGUCGAACUCAGGCGCAAACAAGAUUGUCGAAGACGUCAAGACAGGCCUCAAGGGCAUCCGCGGUGCCGGCGAUGCCCUGCGCGGAAGUGUGAUGGAUGCCACCGAUCAAGCAUUCGACAACCAGCAGAACCACCCUGAAACGCAGGCUGCCAAACUCAAGAACGAGACCAUUGCUGAGAAGGGCAAGCGCGAAAUGCAGGGCGUUGAUGACAGACUCUCCGAACACGAACAGAAGAAAGAGGCGCGGAGGUUGCACGAAACUGGCCUCGCCUCGAAUGGUGCUGGCGCCGCGAGAGGCGUCGGUCACCACCCUCUGCCCUUAAACUGAGCUGCGAUAGAUAGCGAGCAAUAGCUUGGGCUGGUCCUGAGGCGAAGACAAUGGAGGGGUGUACUGUAUAAUUGAUGAGAGAUGAUCCUGAUUGAUGCAUCGAGGAAGACGGGGUAACGGCAGUGCUGAUGCCGAGAUUACUCCGCAUGAGGA